AUGAACUCACGUAAAGAGGGAUCUGUUUUUCUUGACACCCAAAGUCUGAAUACGCGAAAAGUUUACUUAUAUCUAUACCUGUCUGUUCGUAUCUAUCUAUCUAUCUAUCUAUCUAUCUAUCUGCUCAUUCUUCCCUUCCUUCUGUCUUUUGCAUUUCUUUCUUUCUUUCUUUCUUUCUUUCUUUCUUUUUCUUCCCUUAUUCUUUCUUAUUGGCCUCUCUCUUCCUUUCUCUCUUUUUCCUUUUCUUCUUCUUUUUUAUUUCCUGUAUUCUUUUUAUUUUUAUCUUUUCACUGUGUUCUCAUAAUCCUUCUUUUUCUGCACAUGUCUUUCUUCUUUCUUUCUUUCUUUCUUUCUUUCUUUCUUUCUUUCUUGUUCUUCGCUUAUUCUUUCUUAUUGGCCUCUCUCUUCAUUUCUCUCUUUUUCCUUUUCUUCUUCUUUUUUAUUUCUUGUAUUCUUUUUCUUUCUACCUUUUCACCGUAUUCUCAUAACACUUCUCCCUCUGCGCAUGUUGUUUCUUUCUUUCUUUCUUUCUUUCUUUCUUUCUUUCUUUCUUCUUUCUUUCUUUCUUUCUUUCUUAUAUUCACAUUGGCGCAUCCACUUCGGUGCUAUCAAACGUCCUUCACGCGCAUGCGCGCUCGCCUACGGCUGUAUGCCGUUGUAUACAUCACUUCCCGAUUGCCGUAUCUAUCAAAACUCUGA